GUGGACCAGCGCGACAGGCACCUGGUGGGCGCCAUCCUGGACGACGACGGCGAGCGCGACACGGGCGUCGUCCCCGACGACGCCCUGUUUGACUGGCCGUACUGGACAUUCAACGCGGAGCAGUACUUCCUGGCGCGCGUGGUGGCGUGGCUGGUCGCCCACGGCGGCAUGAGGGGCAGCUGGGGGCAGUGCUGCGCCGACCACGCCUUCGCCCAGCGCUACCAGCCCCUGGCGCACCGACAGCAGCUACUAGCCUACGUCGUGCAGCUGGGCCAGCAGGCGGUGGAGGCUUGCCCCUACCUGGCACGGGAGGCGGUGGCCCCCGGCGGGCGCCCUGUCCCCAGCCAGCUCCACGAGCCCGUCGCGAAGCAGGCCGCUGCCGACCUUGAAAACGCCAGGGCCCUCGUCCAGAGCCUGAAGCUCCCGGCCGUGGGCCCGCCGAGCGGCCCCGAGCUGACGUGCCGCCCCAUCGCGGGGCUCGCUUCCGAACGCGACGCGGUCGCCCCAGGCUGCCUGCAGCACGAGGUCAUGCGGCACUACGUCACCCUGGCUGCUCAGCACCACCGGCAGUGGACCAACGGGGCC